CAAAAGGAGAAAAAAAAAAAAAAAGAAAGAAAAGAAGAAAAUACCGCAAACUUAAACCCUAAUUCUGCCACCUAAAACCCUCGGACGAUUUAGGAAUUAGGAGUCAAAUAGUGUUCCUCCGCCCCCAAAGCACGUGCGCCACCCCUUCUGUCCGCCGUUCACCGCCGCUCCUGGCUGUCUGCCUCAAUUCCGAAUGGAUAUCGACGGUGAUACCGAUGAAGCUUCAAGGCGGGUUCAGGUGCGGUUUGUGACGAAGCUGAAACCUCCAUACAAAGCACCACCAACCUCCAUUACCAUUCCUUCCAACCUCACCCGAUUGGGUCUCUCCACUAUCGUCAAUAGUCUCCUUAAAGCUGGAAAUGAUGAUUGGAAGACUGAAGCUUUCGAUUUUCUUAUUGAUGGGGAGCUUGUUCGGAUGUCCUUGGAGGAGUUUCUAAUUGCCAAAAGUAUCUCAGCUGAGAAAAUUCUCGAGAUUGAAUACAUCAAGGCCGUGGUCCCAAGAAAAGAAGAGGAGCCUUCUCUGCAUGAUGAUUGGGUUAGUGCGGUUGAUGGUUCAAGUUCCAAGUUCAUUUUGACUGGGUGCUAUGAUGGUUUGGGGAGGAUAUGGAAAGCGGCAGGAUUGUGUACACACAUCCUGGCGGGGCACACUGGUGCCAUAAAUUCUGUGUGUGUCGUCAAGCAUGAAGCUGAAAGUCGCGUUGAUCAAGUGGUAGCCACUGCUUCUAAAGAUAUGACGUUGAGGUUGUUUAAGGUUGAUGCAGACGAGUCCCUUAAUCAACCAAAGAGGGUUCAAGCAUUUAAGAGUUUGCACGGACAUAGUGCUUCUGUUCAAUGCAUUGCUGCUGAGCCUUCCGGCAAUCAGAUUUGUUCAGGUUCUUGGGAUUCUAGGAUUAAUUUAUGGCAGACUAAUGAAACUAGUUCUGAAGGAGAUGCUAUUUAUGUCAAGAAGAGGAAAAAAGAAGGACAAGAGGAAUUGCAGAAAAAGGAGGAUGCAAUAUCUACACUUGUAGGGCACACACAAGUUGUCUCUGCAGUUGUCUGGCCGCAGCGUGAAUCUAUAUAUUCUGCUUCAUGGGAUCAUUCGAUCAGAAGAUGGGAUGUUGAAACAGGAAAAGAUUCAAUGAACAUGUUUUGUGGGAAAGCAUUCAACUGUUUGGAUGUUGGAGGUGAAGGUUCCUGUCUGCUAGCUGCUGGCGGGUCAGACCCUAUUCUUCGUAUAUGGGAUCCUAGAAAACCAGGUACUUUGGCCCCUACCUUUCAGUUCUCCUCUCACACUUCAUGGAUAUCUAGCUGCAAGUGGCACGAUAAAUCAUGGUAUCACUUGGUGUCAGCAUCUUAUGAUGGGAAAGUUAUGCUAUGGGAUCUGAGAACCGCGUGGCCUCUGGCUGUUAUCGAUUCACACAAAGAUGAUAAGGUCUUAUGUGCCGACUGGUGGAGAGGUGACUGCGUUGUAAGUGGUGGAGCUGACUCCAAGCUUUGCAUAUCAGCUGACAUUCCUAUCAUUUGAUCGUCCCCGUUCCUUUUCAAACCAACCCCACAUUGUAAUAGCAAAGGGUUCAAAAGAAAACAAAAUGCCUUGUAGUUUAUACUACUGCUAAUAUUAGUGAACAGAAAUUAAAGUGAUGAAUGAAAUUAUGUUAUUUUUGCUUUAAUACUGUCUUCAACUACUC